UCGGUCGGAUAGGAGCUGUGGGUCCGCGGAGACAUGGGCGCACUGUGAUUAUUUCUUGUUUUAUGAAAAAAAAACUCUACUUUGCAACUACACUGCUGUCUCUGCAGGACUUCUUGGACGUUUUCUCUCAUGUGUGACUGAGAGUGUUUCCACAAACGAGCAUGCUUUGAUCAUUGUCUUUGUUUGAUAUGAAACGGGAUUAAGAUCUCCGGCAGCGGACCGAACAGCUCGCGUUAGUAAAGGGAGGCUAAUUUAGGCUGUAGCCUAACUUUUUCUCGGGGCAGGGAUGUCUUCGGCUCGGGUGGAUUAUAUUGCGCCCUGGUGGACUUACUGGCUUCACAAUUUUCCUCACAUCAACCUGAGGUUUCAGCCCAUUGACAACGGCUUCCAGCCUGAAGAAGAGAACUACCAGCAGUCUUUAAUAUUCCUGGGCUGUGUGGCUGCUGCGGGACUCGGCGUCAACCUGCUAUGUCUGGCCAUCUACCUGAGCUGUUUGUGCUGCUGCCGCAAAGACGAAGAAGAGGAGAGCAAGAAGCCCAACUCCUGUUGUGUCACCUGGUCUGCUGUUGCUGCCGGCCUCAUCACAUGCGUUGCUGUGGGUGUGGGUUUCUAUGGCAACAGUGAGACCAAUGACGGCGUGUACCAGUUGACCUACUCCCUGUACAAUGCCAAUCACACGCUGGGCGGUGUUGACAGUCUGGUGACUGGCACCAUGGGCAGCAUGAAGAGUGGCCUGCACCAGCAUCUCGCAAGGCUGGAUGAGAUCUUAGCCACGCGGGGCGACUAUGUGCAGUCCUUGCAGUUCAUGCAGCAGAUGGCUGACAACGUGAUCAAACAGCUGCUGGGCCUGCCUGACUGGGAAGAGGCUAAAGUGGAUCUGGCCUGCAUCGCUGAUCAAACAGCGAACAUAGAGUACUACAGGUGGCUCUCCUACCUGCUGCUCCUCAUCGUGGACCUGAUCAUCUGCCUGCUGGCCUGUCUGGGGCUGGCCAAGCAGUCUCGCUGGCUGCUCACCACGAUGAUGGUGUUUGGAGUGCUUACGCUGGUCCUGAGCUGGAGUUCUCUGGGAGCUGACCUGGCCACUGCUGUGGGCACAAGUGAUUUCUGUGUGUCCCCUGACAAGUACAUCAUGAGCCAAACAAAGGGUAUCAUCGGUGCUGAUAUUGUUCAUUACUACCUUUACUGCAACCAGACUCUCUCCAACCCUUUCCAGCAGCCUCUGACCAUCUUCCAGAGGUCCCUGACCACCAUGCAGAUCCAGAUUCAGGGUCUGCUGCAGUUCGCUGUGCCUCUGUUCCCUACAGCUGAGAGAGACCUACUGGGUAUCCAGCACUUGCUCAACUCCUCGGAGGCCAGUCUGCACCAGCUGACUGCCCUGCUGGACUGCAGGGGGCUCAACAAGGACUACCUGGAUGCAAUGGUGGGGGUAUGCUAUGAUGGGGUGGAGGGUGUGCUCUACCUCUGCCUCUUCUCCACCCUGGCAGCCUGUGCCUUCACUGUCAUGCUGUGUGCCAUUCCUAGGGCAUGGAGACAAAUUGCCUGCAGAGAACGAGAUUAUGACGACAUCGAUGAGGAGGAUCCAUUCAACCCCCGUACGAGGAGGAUAGGCUCUCAGAACCCCAAUGUCACCAACAUGCACAGCUUCUGUAGCUACAGCAGCAGCAUGGGCAGCCAGAGUAGCCUACACCCGCCCGCCCCAGCUGUCUCCAACGCCCCUAUGUCUGAGUACAUGAACCAGACCGCUUUGUUCGGAGGAAAUCCGCGGUACGAGAACGUGCCUCUGAUAGGACGAGGCUCUCCACCCCCAUCGAUAUACUCUCAGCAGUAUAGAAACCGAUACUCCCCCAGUAUGAGGGCCACCUAUCUGUCCAUGACCGAGGAACAGAGAAGACACUUUGGGAACGACUUCCAAGCAUAGACUUCUUUUAUCUGUCCAAGGAGGGAAACAGCAUCACACACAAACACACACGCUCAACCGACAGAGAGUGUGUGGCUACUCCAAGCAUCACAGAGAGCAGGGGUGUAACAUCUUGUUAGUCCAGGACUUCAGUCUCAGGACAAUGGAACCACAUCUGUACUGGUCUCAGUAUGUUGUAUGCUCAUAAAUGAUUAAACACAUUUUUCUGUCCUUUUUGGGGGAACUUGCUAAAUAUUUCUGACACGUGCUGUUGAACCUAACCUGAUCUUAAUACAUUGUGUUCCUUUGCUAACUGAUACAAGUUGGUUGUCAGGCUGUGUCAUCUAUUGAUGAAGCAUCAAGGAGGAAAAAAAGCUGUGAUCGAAAAGAUUUGACUGUUUUUGUCUUUGAGUUAUUCUGUUAAAACUUGUAGAUGAAACAGGUGAGAGAAGCCAUUUUGAGGAUUUAUUUCUCGCUGCAGUAAAACAUAGCAAUGUGUCCACAAUAAUGUAAAAAUGACACAAUUUGAACUUUUUUGUCCCUCCCAUUCAAAGACAUUUUUCAAAAACUUACAUUCGGGUGUCCAAAGAGAAAAAUGUGAACAUGACAACUGAUGUAAACAUGAUUCAUGCUUGAUAUUUGUGAAACACAAACCCACUAAUGGCAGCACACAGCAGGAGGUAAUGUUAAGGUACAAUUUAUUUAUAUUCACACAGAGACAUGCCUGCAGGUUUCUACAUCUCCCGUAGACAAGACUACCCUUAGACCCCGGUUUGUGUAUAAAUUGUACAAUAACAGACUUUUUUCUCAUCAACAAUGUGGUUUAUUUAGAUUUUUUUUAAACAAUGUGCCAUUUUUAUAUAUUUUUUUCUAGCUUUGUGUGGCGAUGUCGCAUAGGAUCCCUAUUAUUUUUUGUAAUUCCUAAAGGGCCAUUAAUUCAUAUUCUCUUCUUAUCUAAUCCAGCUAAUAGAAUAGAGUUUAUAAAGUCAUAACUUGGGAAGCGGUGCUGCUCUAACCAUGAUUAAUGAGAAUAUUCAGGUAAUUAUUUUCAUCAAUUCAAACCAUUCAAACAGUACAUGUUUGUUUUGACUAACAAUGACAUUCUGUAGGGAUGUAAUACUUGAUGUUUUUUUUUUUUUAUUCAUUAUUUUGUUACGUGUCAUUUCUCUCAGCAUGUUACAUUGUACAGGCACUGAGAGUGGUGUUUCAUUUUGUGUGUGCGACCUUAAGCUUCAGGGUCUAAUUGUGAGUCAAAUAAAUCAGUUUGGAGUACAA